GCUGGGCAGCGCCGGCCAAGCAGCGCUACAGACCAAGGCGCAAACGCUGCCCGCAAAGAGCUGCAGCACACACACGCGCGAAGAGUAAGCCCUAAGCACCAGGGCACGACCGUUGGAGGCGCCCACCCGCCAGGGACCGAGGACCAGCACCCAGGCUGCCCUCCCCAGGACCCAGUGCCACCCACGCCGCCGCGGCGCCCCAACACUUGAAGCACCAAGAUGGCGCCGAAGAAGGCCAAAGCGCAGACCACGUCUGUAUUGGGCGAUGUCGGCGCCAAGCCGAGCGUGGACCACGCGGCGACCGCGCAGAAGCUCCAGACGCUGCUCGACGGCUUCGAGCCUUUUGAUGAUGCGAUGCGCGAGGAGACGCGGUUGAGGCGAGAAAAGGACGCCCGGAAGAUCGCGGCCAUGAAGGCCGAGAUGAGCCGGUUGGAAGGGCUCCUGAGGGACCAAGUGGCGAUCACGGACUCUCAACAAAGGUCGCUGCAGAAGCAUUGCGAUGCGGAGUUGGUCAAAGCUUAUCAAGCUUUCGCGGAAUUACUCGAACAUCAGGACAUCGAAGUGCAUAAAAGGCUGGACACGUACGACAAGCGGGCCGAUGCGCUGGAGGAGCGGUUCGCGACCGAGAAAGCUAGAAUACUAGAAGAGAUCGAGGCGGAAUCUCAACGCUUGUCGAAGUUGUUAGACGAGUUCCAGGAGGCCUUCGAGGAGGAGGUGAGGGUACGGAAGGCUCGCGAGGAAGUCAUAUUGAGACAGAUGGACCAGCACGAGCGCCACAUCACCCAGAACUUUGAUGUCGAGUACGAAGCUCGUGUCAAACGCGUCAAGGAGAUCCAGGAGGAACUGGUGGCGUGCAUGAAAAGUCGAGUCGCGGCGGACGUCGAGUUGGAUCGAGUGUGUCAAGAAGAAGUGGACAAGAUCCAGACACUCAUUGAUGCCGAAGUCAGUCAAAGGGAGCGGCAGGACGACAACAUCAUGCGCGCGCUGGACCAGUACACGGACAAGAUGCAGGCGUCGCUCGAAAUAGUGAACUCGACGAACGCGUAAGAAAUCCAUGUGA